ACCGCGCGGGCGCGCGCCGCCGCGAGCCGGCCGCCCCGGGCCCCAUGGGCGCGCGGCGCUAGCGGCCGGGCAGCGGAGCCAUGAGCCACUCGCGCGCCGCCGCCGAGUGGGCCGACGGCGGCCGCGACCUGGGGGCGCCGGAGCCGCUGCUGGGGCCGGAGCCGGCGGGCUGCGGCUUCGCCCCGGGCUGGCUGGGCGUGUGCUGCGCGGCACGCGUGCCCGCCGCCUCGCCGCGCUACCUGCUGCCCGGAGAGGAGGAGGAGGAGGCGGCGGCGGGGGGCGCGGCGCGGCCGCGGGGCGGCGGCGGGAGCAGCCCCGGCGGGACGCGGGGCGCGGCGGCGGGCGGCGGGCGGCCGCGGGGCCCCGGCGGGGCCGGCCUGCGGGCGCAGGUGAGCGGCGUGCAGAAGCAGCGGCGGCUGGCGGCCAACGCGCGGGAGCGGCGGCGGAUGCACGGGCUGAACCACGCCUUCGACCAGCUGCGCAAUGUCAUCCCCUCCUUCAACAACGACAAGAAGCUGUCCAAGUACGAGACGCUGCAGAUGGCGCAGAUCUACAUCAGCGCCCUGGCCGAGCUGCUGCACAGUCCCGCCGCGCCCCCCGAGCCCCCGGGCAAGGCCGAGCACCGCGGGGCCCCCUUCGAGCCGCCCUGCGCCGCCGCGGCCGCCGCCGGGCCGCCGCCGGGGCCGCCGCCGCCGGGGCCGCCGAGAGCCUCGCCCCCCGGGCACGGCAGGACUCGCUUCCCCCCGCCGCCGGCCGCGGGGGGUUACUCGGUGCAACUCGACCCGCUGCACUUCCCCUCCUUCCAGGAGAGCGCCCUGAUGGGACAGAAAGCCCCUUCCCCCGCCCUUCUCAUGCAGCAGCCCGGGCAGCAGCAGGAGAGGAGCAAAACGUCGCCCCGGUCCCACAGGAGCGACGGGGAGUUCUCGCCCCGCUCGCACUACAGUGACUCCGACGAGGCCAGCUAGGGCGGCGGCGGCGAGGCCGCUCCCGGCGCCGGCCCGCCUCCGCGCUGCCCCGCACUGCAACGCCGGCCCGGGGGCGUGCGCGGGGCCGCGCCGCUGCCCCGACGCCCGGACUUUGCCAUUCGCCCGCCUCGGCCGCGGCUGGGCAGCCGUCGCGGUGGUGUCUGAGAUAGCGUCGGGGCCUCUUAGCUGAUUUGAAUCCGUCCCUCUUCUCCCGCCCCCGUUAACUCUUUGGUUUGUCGAUGGGAAUGGCUGUUGUUUAGUGACUGUACCGUUUAUUCCCGCCCCGCCCCAUCAGGGCUUUAUUUUUUUAUUGCUACUUUUAAAGUUUCUUUCGCCUAGAAGUCGUUGUCGUUCCCUCCUGCCAACGUGCUACCUUGUAGUGCGGAGCCUCGCUUGGCGAGCAGCGACCGCGCUGUCACCUCUCCCUACCGGUGCUGUGUGCUCGGGUGCCGGCGGCGCGCCUCUGGACCGAGCACGCACAGACACCGGCACGAAAGUCUUCCGAUCCUCGGUCUGGGUCGUAUUGUUAUGGAAACACACACACAAAAAUGUAAAUAAUAUACCGUCUUGUCCUGUAAAUAACAGAGAAAAGGUGGAUUUUGUUUAGCGCACCACGUUGGCGUCUUUGGGGGGGAAACUUGGCGCAAGCACUUUAUUAGCGGCUGGAGAUGCGGAUUCAAGAGGAAAGCUACUAACUGCCAACUGGAGACCAACACUUAAUUAAGCCACUUAAUCCUAACGCUCUUUUAAAAACGAAAACAGUUUUGUCGUGUCAAACUUUUAUGUCCGUUUUAUUUUGCUCUUGUGCUAUUAGGAAACUUAUUUAUUAUGGAGUGUUUGCUACUAUUUCUGCUUCUCUUUUUUUAAACAAAACUUUUCUACGACGAGAAUCGUUUAUUUUAAUUUUAGCAAAGCCAGCUGCCAUUGUUUUAUGUAUUUUUUUGAGAUCAAAUAAACGUGGGGAAAAAAAAAGAACA